CUUGUCGAUCUGGACCCUGUACACCUUCGCUUGUCGGCGGGACUCUGACGUGCCGACGGACAACUGAGCUGGCCAAAGCCACGCCUGGGGGGUCGGCGGCUCGCAAAUGAGCCCGUGAAAGCGGGCAGGGGACUUCACGGACGCCGAGCUGUCCGAGUGCACUUAGGAAGAAGAUAUUUUCAUUGACUUUUGUACCAGACCUGACGGGGCCUCGGUUGUCAAAAGGUGACAGCAGGGAAGUGUCAGACAUAGGAGCAAAACUGUUUCUAGAGCAGAAUGAUGAUGGUAGAUCUGAAGGUGGUUGAGUAUUUGGAUCCUCAGAUCAGGGCUCUGUGGGAGACCAAGGGGCCUUUGACAGAAAGUUCCAGUCAAGGUACUAUAUCUACUCCACAAACAGACAAUGUUGAACCCAAGAACUCUUGCUGGCACUUCCGGAACUUUGAUUAUCAUAAAGCAGCUGGACCCCGUGAGGCUGUCAGCCAGCUUCUGGAAUUAUGCCGUCUGUGGCUGAGACCAGAGAUCCACUCCAAAGAGCAGAUCUUGGAACUACUGGUGCUAGAGAAGUUCCUGACCAUUCUGCCAAGGGAGAUGCAGCCUCAGAUACAGAAGCACCAUCCACAGAGCAUUGAGGAGGCAGUGGCUCUGGCAGAACGUAUGCAGAAGGAAUCUGAUCAAAUCAGGAAUGGGGUUGCAUUCAAUGAGCUGGGAAAGGAGGCAGUGCCCUUGGGAGAAACAGCAGAGGUCCCAGGCUUCAAGCUGAAGCCAGCAGAGCCCCUAUCAGAGGGUGUUCCCCAGGAUGAAGAAUUUUGGAAUAAUUACCGGGGUGUACAAGAACAACUGAACAGUACUCAUACAGAAACUGAGCCUGUAUAUGAGAGGGCUGUGCCUCCUCAACAAAUUCUAGCCUUUCCUGAGCAGACAAACACCAAAGACUGGACAGUGGCACCUGACUUCAUCUUGCCUGAAUCCCAGACCUUGUUUCAUUCGACGACGUGGCUGUGUAUUUUUCUCAGGAAGAAUGGAAGUUACUGAAUCUCUCUCAGAAGGCUCUCUACAAUGAUGUGAUGCAGGAAAACUAUGAGACUGUCAUCUCUCUAGCAUUAUCUGCACUCCCCAAGCCUAAAGUGAUCUCCUGUCUCGAACAAGGGGAAGAGCCAUGGGUUCGAGGAUCCUCACAUGUCAAAGACAGAGACUCUCC